AUGCUGCCAUCGCAUACAUCCCAGUCUCAUCCGCUCCCUGCGGAUGGGCGCCCGCCGGGCGAGGUGGCAUCGGCGGGCGCCAGCAUCCUGGAGACAACAUCCCCAACGCCGUCGGGAUUUGGGCUCGAGGCGCUUUACGGCAACCCCAUGUUCGCAGGCGGGCUCGGGCUUGCUAGCCUCGGGGCGGCGGCGGCGCUGCUUCGGCGUGGGGCGGUUCAGGGCACCCAACUCUUACGCCAGAACCUGCUUGUUAAUGUUGAGAUUGGCCGUCGCGAUCCAUCAUAUCCGUGGAUUCUAGCAUGGCUAUCAACGCCACGGCCGGCGCCUGGGUUCCUAGCGUCCAAGUUGACGCGCAUAAGGAAUCUAUCCGUGGCAACAUCCACGGAUUCCGGUGGAGGAUCUGCCGAAGCCAAGCAGUCGAGUCGUGCUAGCUUCUUCCUGCAACCCGGAUAUGGCCGGCACAUCAUCCGGCACACAGACGGCACAUAUAUUGCUGUCAGCCGGGACAAGCAGUCGACAGCGAAUCAUCAAACCGGGGAGCCACAUGAGACUGUGACUCUCACUACGUUGUGGUCACGGCGGCACGUGUUCGAGCAAGUGUUUACCGAAGCGCACGCGCUCGCCAAGAGCGCACAAGAGGGAAAGACUCCAGUGUACAGGAUCCAGGGCAUGUCAUGGGCACCGCUGGGAGUUGCGCGGAGAAAGCGGCCGCUCGCAUCCGUCGUUUUCGAUAAGGGGCUCAAGGAGAGCAUCGUGGCAGACGUCAAUGACUUUCUCGGGCGGCAGAAAUGGUAUGUCGACCGCGGGAUCCCGUACCGUCGCACAUACCUCCUCCACGGGCCGCCCGGGAGCGGUAAGUCGUCUUUCAUCCACGCCCUUGCGGGGGAGCUGGACUAUAACCUGGCUAUUGUGAACCUGGUUGAGCGAGGACUCACGGACGACAGGCUGGCCGCCAUGCUCAUGACCCUGCCGCCACGUUCAAUCCUGCUUCUGGAAGACAUCGACGUCGCGUUCGGGAAUCGCCAGGAAAAGUCGUCGGACGGAUACAGCGGCGCGACGGUGACGUAUUCCGGGUUGCUGAAUGUUCUGGACGGCCUGGCAGCAGGUGAGGACCGGAUAGCGUUCUUGACUACCAAUUACAUAGAGCGGCUUGACCAGGCCCUCAUCCGUCCGGGGCGAGUCGAUAUGAUCGCACGGAUAGGAGAGGCGACAGCUCAUCAGGCGGCUGAGCUCUGGGACCGGUUCUACGGUGACGUUGAUCCGUCUGGCAGCGGGCGUGACAAGUUCCUGGCCAAGCUGCUGCAGCUGGGCUUCUUCUCCAACCUGCCACACCAGCCCACUCGCCUAGUCAGUACCGCUGCCAUCCAGGGCCUAUUUCUGACUUUCAAAGAAGACAUGGAAGGCGCGGUUGCCGGGAUGGAGGACUAUUUUAUGCAUGCGCAGGCUGGUCACGGCGGCCAUGCCCAUCAGACGACUGCAUGA